AGAAUACUGGACGCACCACAACUCCAAUUUAACGCUCCAGCGUUAUUAUAUUCUCAGAUAUCUUGAAAAAAUACAUUGCGGUAUAUUUAGGGAGACGUCCCUAAGUGUGGGAGUGAAGCGUGGGGUAUUACAUUCACGUAUACAUGGAAGGAGAACCGUCAGCUGUUACAACAGAGUUACCCUGAAGCACGUAAACCUCGCCGAAAUGGCAGCAAGUUAUGUCGGCCCGUGCAGGGUAUGCACAUUUCUGCCUCUGUAAACCUGGGCUUCAGCAGUGUGGAAACGAAGCCAGUGACAGUGGGAGGGUAAUCUGCGGUGCUCGUACAGUCAGGUUGUGAAGCUCUAGGCUACUACACUCAGUAUCUCUAUUUUGGAUAGCUGUGCAGGAACCUAUCAUGUAUUAUCUCCAAUCGCAGAAGAAAAGCAAAGGUGGCACGCCAUUCUUUAGGAAGUACUCCUACCAGCCAGGCUGGUACGAGUAUAGCUACUGGAACCCGAGCUAUUUCCAUGAAAUAGGCUACGAAGACGAUACCUACGUGAAGCCUAUCUACAGCUACCGCCCGCAGCCCCGUUACAACAGAGAAAAGGAGAUCGACGAGUACGAGCUGAAGUCCUACCCUUACCUGGAGCCGAUGCACAACACGCACCGACGCACCUACGGUUGCGAAUUCAGUCCCCAAUCCGACUACAUCUACUCCAAGGGCGUCAGCUUCAGCCGGCCAACCAGCAACAACUACGGAGGCUCUUACGGCUACGGCAAUCUGUACAGGACGCAGAGGGCCGCAGACACGCGCGACCACUCCGACCUGAAGCUCUACCCGCACCUGGAGCCGAGCUACAGCGGCUCGCACGGCCGCCGCAGCUACGGCGUCGACAUCACGCCUGCCUACGACUACCUCUACGGAAAGUCGUUCAGCUUCGGCCGACCGACGCCCGGCUACACGUCGAGGUCGGACUACCGCUCAUCGCCGAGCUACGGCUACACGCCGAGCGAGACCUACUACAGCAGAUACAAUCAGCGCCACUAUAGACCUGCAGCCUAUCAGCCAUUAUAUAGCAAACCAAACACGUUCCGCUCCACGUACAGACCACAGUUUGCUGUGGAGCAUCAGCUUAACCGUGCCGGCUACAGAUACUGACGUGUACCAUCGCUCCACCCUCUUCCCUCUGCUCUCUUCACCCACCAAAUGAACCGCAAAUCAAUCUGGCAACCCAGCUCAGCAUAUAUGCGCUCUGCCGCGUGAGAGCACUUGAAAUAAAUUUAAGAAUUUUCGACGACCGUAGUGCUGCUACCUGGCAGGCUCCCCACUUCUGCAGAUUUAAAGAGGUAGUAUGGGAUUAUGCUUUGGUACAAAAUCUUACAGACGUUAGAUCUUCUUCGCCCUUCAAAAUCAAUUAGACUUAUAGUCUAAACGCUUUCACACUCACCCUUGUAUAGAAUUCAUACAUGGCGUAGCAGGGUGAAGAGAUGUAGUAGAAUGAUAUUUUUUUUAGGCUAUCUAACAGCUCUGUUUACCUACAAUGGAUAGCACUAGGUGCACCCAUGUUGAUUCAUGGCAAAUGCAACCAGAUUGUUACAAGGUGUCAAGUGGCACCUAGCCCCUUGAGUACACAUCCAUACAAAAGCAUUAAAAUGCUGCCAUCAAACUUACUGGUCUGUUUACAUGUUGCAGGUUUAAAUCAUGCAUUUUACUCAUAGCCACUCAUAUAGCUACUAGUACUACGCAUUAUUAAUCAUCCUAAUGUGCCCAGCAUCAUAUAAUCAGGAAUGUAGAAUUGCUGUGGCAGCUAUGUGACCUGUAUGUAUCUUGCAUUUUUAAUAAUCAAUCAAUGAAUAAUUAAUUAUGCAGUUAAAUUAGGACGCUUGUCUUAGAUAGUUUAAAUAUAGAAUAAUGAGUCAAGCAUAGAACAUUUCGGUCACUUUUGUGAUCCACUUCACUUCAGGGAAACCAUAUUGCGAUUCACCAUUACCAUAUAUCCAUUUUAACAAGAUAAAUUCUUUUAUAAGAUAUUAUACCAUGUAGUAUCAUGUGCAGUAGUUUCUUUGCUGAAUAAUCAUACAGGUAUUGGCAAACAGAAAUAUUGUGAAAGGAAUUUAUUUUAUUGCAGUUGUUUUUAUAACAUCUAAUUACGAAUUUAAAUGCUUAUAAGAUAUAUGAGAAUAGUCGCGAGAUUGGACUGAAGUACGUGUAAUCACAAUUUUUACCAGAAUAACUUUGGUCUAGUUAAGCAAAAUGUAGUACUACCAGUCAGAAUAUAGCGUAUUCUAGUAGCUACAAAGAAUACAAGUUGUCGAGUGACAAGAAGCAGGUAAUGCCAUUGCUCUCAAUUUUAUUUCUAAUCCUGUGAACAGAGAGUCACUCCAAUAAGAUCAGUGAACUAUUCAACAGUUCAUAUACUUUUUGCUCUAUCGAACCCAUGUUUGUGUGAUGACCGAAAUAUGGGCAUCUCCUGUACAGAUGCUGCACGUUGGGCCCAACAUAAAGCCAAGGGCAUUGAUGAUGCUGCAGGUGCACAGUUAAUUAUUUAUCACUAGUAAUAGCUGUAAUCACUGUCAGAGAUAAACACUGAAAAUUUACAUGUAAUUAAAACUAUGUUACAAUAAAUUAUUUCUGUUGUUUAAUUCGAUAGUAUA